AUGGGGUUGGAGUUGGAGUUGUUGUUGUUUUUGUGGCUCAGAGAAUCCUGCCCUACGGGCACCAAGAAAAUGAUCCGGGCAAGUACGCAGCAGCGCGCAGUUACGCAGCGCCAUCUCGUAAAAUGGACCACGCACGUUGUUGCGAUUCCGGGAUGCACCCACGGCUGGACAAUGCUCGUCUCAGCCAUUGACGAGACGCGCGGAGGGCGAACAGAGAGCCCUGGCUGCCACGACACACAGCAGCGGGCAGAGCAGUUGGUGGUGUCAGUGACUUCCAUGCGAGUGCCAAUGCCCAAAAAUUGA